AUGGCUAUGUCAUGUCUUGAUAGCCUCCCUGCUGUUGAUCAUGCCUUGUUUAUUACGACAUGUUGGGCUAUCUGGAAUGCGAGAAAUCGAUGGAUUUAUGAAGGUGAGCAAUGUGAUCCGAAGAAGUCGAUGGAGCAUGUGAAGAAGGUUAUUGGUGAGCUAGCUAAGGAUGAGGUAGGGGCUAGUUCUGGGGGCAGUCGUGGUCAGCAAAGUUGGAAGCCUCCUUCUGCGGGACGGCUGAAAUUAAAUGUUGAUGGUGGUGUGAGAGAAGGGUUGGGUUCGUCUGUUGGUGUGGUGCUGCGGGAUGCUAAUGGCGUUGUUGUUCUGGCUGCGUCUUGGAUGUUCGAGGAUAGAUGGGAGCCAAGUAUUGUUGAAGCUAAGGCCAUACUUCUAGGUGUGCAAGCUGCUGCUGAUUUUGGUGCGAGAAACAUCGAGGUGGAGAGUGAUUGCUUAGGGGUUUUGAACGCAAUUAAGGCACAAGUGAGAGGUGACAGUAGUCUACAUUUAAUUUUCGAUGAUAUUUAUCAUGAAAUUCGGUCUUUUGAUUUUGUUUCGUGGAGUUUUACUCAUAGGGAGGGGAAUAAAGUGGCACACGAGUUAGCUCAUUGCUUUCCGUGGGAGCCGGGUAGUAGAGUUUGGUUGUCUAAUUUUCCUAGUUGUAUUGUUCCUCUUUUGGAUUUUGAUCUCCCUACUAAUGAAUGA